AUGAUCUAUCUAAAGUCACUCCAAACACGAAAAUGGAGACCUGUGCUUUUGGACUGUGGAGCUGUUCAGGCAGAUGCAUUGACCGUCGAUCGCCUUGCAUCUUUGGAGAAGUACUCUGAAACUGCCGUCAAGCCCCGUGCUAGUAUCUUGGAAAAGGAAACAGAGUGGCUAAACUCCAUCAAAGCCGACUUAGUGGUCUCUGAUGUAGUCCCAGUCGCAUGUCGCGCGGCUGCAGAAGCUGGAAUUCGUUCUGUUUGUGUGACCAAUUUCAGCUGGGACUUCAUCUAUGCGGAAUAUGUCAUGGCUGCUGGCUAUCAUCAUCGUUCAAUAGUUUGGCAGAUAGCAGAGGACUAUUCUCAUUGCGAAUUCCUAAUCCGCCUUCCAGGAUAUUGCCCAAUGCCUGCUUUUCGUGAUGUUAUUGAUGUGCCUCUGGUUGUGAGAAGGUUGCACAAAUCUCGAAAAGAGGUAAGGAAGGAACUCGGUAUAACAGAUGACGAUGUGAAGGUAGUCAUCCUCAACUUUGGUGGCCAGCCAUCAGGAUGGAAGUUGAAGGAGGAGUUCUUACCUUCUGGCUGGUUGUGCCUGGUUUGUGGUGCUUCUGACAGCCAGGACCUUCCACCAAAUUAAAAACUUGCCAAAAAUGCAUAUACACCUGACAUCAUUGCAGCCUCUGACUGUAUGCUCGGAAAAAUUGGAUAUGGCACUGUUAGUGAAGCCCUGGCAUUCAAGUGUCCUUUUGUCUUUGUUCGGAGAGACUAUUUCAAUGAAGAACCCUUUUUGAGAAAUAUGCUUGAGGUACUCCUGCUUUCCCAGGCUGGUGUGCAUUCACUUUUUGUUAUCUUCCUCAUAUCAGAAGCCUUACAAGUGGCAGCCUACAUUCUGCAGGAAACAGCUUUUGGGAAAAAUUAUGCAUCAGACAAGCUUAGUGGUGCAAGAAGAUUGCGUGAUGCUAUAGUUCUUGGGUAUCAACUACAAAGGUCCCCUGGACGAGAUAUUGCAAUCCCAGAUUGGUAUGCAAUUGCUGAGAAUCAACUUGCGCACUCAUCCCCACCUUCCUUAGUGGAUGAUGAAAGCUCCAUAUUCAGCUCGCACAACGAGCAUUUUGAGAUUCUUCACGGAGAUGUUCAAGGUCUUCCGGAUACUGUGGCUUUCUUAAAGACCUUAUCUGAACUGGAUGAGAAACACACAACACGGGAGCGCAAGGCUGCUGCUAGCCUCUUCAACUUGGAGGAAGAGAUUUUUGUGACAAGAGCUCCUGGAAGGUUAGAUGUCAUGGGUGGAAUUGCUGACUUCGGAAGCCUUGUCCUGCAGAUGCCAAUAAGAGAAGCCUGCCAUGUUGCUCUUCAAAGGAACCACCCGAGUAAGCAUCGGCUGUGGAAGCAUGCUCCUCGACAGAAUGCCAGAGGGGAUAAACCAACUGCUGUUUUGCAAAUUGUAUCAUUUGGCUCAGAAUUAAGCAAUCGGCCAACCUUUGACAUGGAUUUGUCUGAUUUUAUGGAUGGAGAGAAGCCAAUCUCAUACAAAAAAGCAAGAAAAUUCUUUGCUCAAGAUCCUUCCCAAAAGUGGGCAGCAUAUAUUGCUGGAGCGAUUGUGGUCUUGAUGAAUGAAUUGGGCAUACGUUUUGAAGAUAGUAUCAGCAUGCUGGUUUCUUCUGCUGUUCCAGAAGGAAAAGGUGUUUCAUCUUCUGCAUCUGUGGAGGUUGCUAGCAUGCAUGCUAUAGCAGUUUCUCAUGGAUUGAAUAUUAGCCCAAGGGAUCUGGCGUUGCUCUGCCAGAAGGUGGAAAAUCACAUUGUUGGAGCUCCAUGUGGCGUCAUGGCAAUGGCUUCAGCAUGUGGUGAAGACAAGCUUCUUGCGAUGAUUUGCCAGCCUGCAGAAAUUGUUGGCCUAGCAGAAAUUCCCAAUCACAUCCGGUUCUGGGGAAUCGAUUCUGGAAUAAAACACAGUGUGGAGGCGCGAGACUAUGGGUCAGUCAGAAUCGGUACCUUCAUGGGUCGGAAAAUGAUAAAAUCCAGAGCUUCUGAGAUAUUGGCUGAGACACUUCCAAAUGGGUUGAACCAUGAUGAAGUAGAGAAUGAUAAUAUAGAACUGAUGAGCAAAGAAGCCUCUUUAGAUUACUUAUGCAAUUUGUCACCUCACCGGUAUGAGGCUCUUUAUGCUAAGAAUGUUCCCGAGUACAUUGUUGGUGGGACAUUUUUGGAGAAAUUUGCUGAUCAUAAUGAUCCUGUCACUGUUAUUGAUGAAAAGCGUACCUAUGCAGUGAGAGCUCCUACGGUACAUCCCAUUUAUGAAAAUUUCCGUGUCAAGACAUUUAAAGCACUGUUGACCUCAGCAACUUCGUCUGAUCAACUCUCAGCCCUUGGAGAAUUAUUAUAUCAGUGCCAUUACAGCUACAGCGCUUGCGGACUUGGGUCUGAUGGGACAGAUAGGCUUGUACAGUUGGUUCAAGACUUGCAGCACACUGCAACCUCUAUAGUUGAAGGUGGCACAUUAUGCGGAGCCAAGAUCACUGGUGGGGGUUCUGGCGGAACUGUUUGUGUAAUUGGCAGGAAUUGUCUGAAGAGCAAUCAACAAAUUUUUGAGAUUCAGCAGAGAUACAAAAAAGCCACUGGUUACUUGCCCUACAUUUUUGAGGGUUCAUCACCAGGUGCUUGUAAGUUUGGGUACUUGAAAAUACGCCGUCGUGCUCCUCCAAAUCAUUGCUGAUCAAAGUUCUACUCCCAAAAACGCCAGUUUCGGGGAGGAGAUUUUAAGGCUAAAUUUAAAUUUCAAAGGACUAGUACGAAAUAUUUAUAUCUAGAUAUUAGUGGCGGGUGCCUUUAGAUUGUGUUCGCAGUUUUUCUCAUAAACAUUCCCUAUUGUUUUUAAUGCAAGUAUUUUACUUUAUUCAA